UGUUGUUGGUAGAAUAUUAAUUAUUAUUAAAAAAAUUUCUUACAAACAAAAAUCUUAUUUAUCCAAAUUCAGAAUUUUAUACACAUCACUCAUCUACCGCCGUAUUAAACACUAUGUUGAAGGGAAUCGAGGAUAAUGGAGGGAUCCAAAUCCUUUUUCCAUUGUUUCUGUCAUAUUUAUAUAAAACACUUAUGUGUGUGUGUCAGUUGAAUAGCAUAAAGAAAUUGAACCAAUCAUGGGUUUUGAGAACUUGUAACUUGUAAGAGGUACUAUCCCAGUGGAGCAAAUUGAUGGAGAGGGUUGAUAUUGAAUGUUCCAUGCAAGAUCUGCUCAAUUGUUAUACCUACUAGUUAGUGUACUGAUCUUGCUGAAAACAGAAGGCUUCAAUGUCGGAAUAACUUACGUUACGAAUGCCGUGGCAAAAGGAGCAGUUUGUUUGGAUGGGAGUCCACCAGCAUACCAUUUUGAUAAGGGAUUUGGAGCAGGAACUAACAACUGGUUGGUUCACAUUGAGGGAGGAGGAUGGUGCAACAAUGUCACCACUUGCCUUGCCCGUAAAAAUACCCGCUUAGGUUCUUCUAAGAAAAUGGUAACACAACUUUCUUUCUCAGGGCUCCUGAGCAACAAACCACAGUUUAAUCCAGAUUUUUAUAAUUGGAAUAGGAUCAAGGUGAGGUAUUGUGAUGGAGCAUCAUUUACUGGUGAUGUGGAAGCUGUUGAUCGAGCUACAAAUCUUCACUACAGAGGAGCAAGGAUUUUCCUUGCUGUUAUAGAGGAUCUAUUAGCAAAGGGAAUGAAGAACGCGGAAAAUGCAAUUCUCUCUGGAUGUUCAGCUGGUGGGUUGACUUCAAUAUUGCAUUGUGAUAGCUUCCGAGCUCUUGUACCCAUGGGUACCAAAGUAAAAUGCUUUUCGGACGCAGGAUAUUUUAUCAAUGCGAAGGAUGUUUCAGGUGCACUGCAUAUUGAAGGCGUCUAUAAUGAAGUGGUUAUGACACACGGAUCAGCAAAGAAUUUACCGGCAUCGUGCACUUCAAAAAUGAGACCAAGUUUGUGCUUUUUCCCACAAAACGUAGCACAAGGAAUCCAGACACCUCUUUUUAUGGUAAAUGCGGCCUAUGAUUCAUGGCAG